CUUUACCUAUUGGCAAAACCAGUAUCAUUUGAGGCACUGCAGUCACAAGUUGUACAAAAACAGCAUUUUAAGUAUUUGUAAGCAGAUGAACUGAGGACAGUGUCACAACAGCGUUCUGCAUGUGCACUCAAUAUGGCGCGCGCUAAAGAUAAAACUCAAGGUUGCAAGAGCGUCAAAAGAGCAUCUGAAAAGAAGGUAAAGCUUUCCAGCAAACCCGGGGGAUGCGGACUUUCUGCUCGGAAGCACGUAGACGGUCGAGUGAACAUUGGAGUGGCACGUGAAAGUUGGCGUCAACUGAAAAAAGCCAAGGGUUGGAAAUCUGAUGCAGAGAUGGCUCUGAAUCUGCUGGACGUAAUGAAGAGGUCGUCCUCCACUUCAGCCUUCCCUGGCACCAGUGAUAAAGACAUUAAAUACUCCCAAUCUGUACUGCAGACACUGAUCGAGCAGGAGGUUCAAACUUUAGUGAAAAGGAGGGAAAACAAGCUGCAGGGUUUAAUUGGUACUAUUCAACAGCUGGACCGCGAGGUCGACUAUGAAAGCUCCAUGCAAAAACUGGAGACUCAAAUUAACACGAUAACCAAGAGAGCAGAAGCAGCUAUUGCCCAAAUCACAAAGACACACAGAAAGCCAUCAGACGUUUCCAAGAUCAGCAGGGAAGACUCUGAGGAUGAAACCACCGAGACCGUGUCUCAGGUUUAUUUUUCAGUUGACAAAAAGAGCAUGGACAGGAGCAGAGACCUCUUCAGAAUGAUGGAAACCACAAAAAAGUCACUUAAGAAGAUGCAUGCUGAUAAUGAGGUUUUGAAGGCUGCCGUAGCAGAUUUAAGUCAGGAGACUCCGCCUGCGGUACAAAGCCAUCAUGGCUCUGUUGGCUAUGAGGGACUCAACAAGUUUAUAAAGAAAGAGCCAGAAGACGAGCAGGAACAAAUGGACAUUGUUGAGGAGUCCAAGCAGCAUGAGGAACCAAAGGCUGCAAAGGUGAAAGCAGAAUGUCUCUCACCUUGCAAAAGCAAAACAGUAACACCCAUGCACACAGACUCAGAGCAGCAACGGCCCCUGUAUCCUCCUCUCCCUGCCCACACCUUCCCCUCCACCCUGAACAUGGAAGCGGCCUCAUACAACAUCCCCCAGAAACUACAAGUACGUCUGGCUCUCAUCAGGAAACCUGCCAGCCUCUCUGUGCAGUGGAAGGUAGAGGAGGAAGACCCCUCUGCACCGCCCAUGGAUAGUUACAGCAUAUUCGUUUGUAUGGAGAAGCAAAAGGGCAGCGGCGUCUUUCGAGACUGGACCACCCUCGGUGAGGUAGAGGCCAAACCUCUGCCCAUGUGCGUGAUGGUCAGCAAGUACAAGCCCGGGCACAAGAUGUGUGUCGCUGUGAUAGGAAAAGACAAGUUUGGCCGAUAUGGACCCUACAGUGAAGUUGAAACCAAAUCCAUACCGGACUAGUUGGGAGCAGGAUAAGGGGUCAAAGGACAGAUGAUAGAUGAGGAUUCAUCAAGUGGGAUUUACCAAGUUUUCUCAUGAAGUAACAAUUCCUGGUGCUUUGAGGUUGAUACAUCGGGACUGUGUGGUUGUUUUUGGAUGUCCCCUUGUGUAUGUUUACAAUGUAUUUCUGUCAGGUUACUUGGCUGAAGCAGCGCCUGUUUAAGAAGUCUGCAGUGCGCAAUAACCAGGAUAAGGUGUAUAUAUGCAACAGUGUCCCAGAGUCCUCUGGGCAUUAUUUCUAUAUCAUUACCGAUAUUGUGAUAUGAGACUUGAUCGCGUCUUAUAUAGCCAUGUUUAAGGCAAUUCUUUCUUUUGGUUGUCUGCCACUAAUGCAGACGGCUACUAAUCCAUAAAGAAACAGACAACCAUUAGUUGUCACAUUAAUAUGACAAAGUCAGAGUUCACGCAGUGUUAGUAAUCUAUAACAAAAUGAUCAUUUUUUAAAUUAGAUAAUAAAGUUGACAAUGUUUUUA